CCCCCGGCGCUCCAUCCAAACCUGCACCAAACCCGAAACAGGCCAGGACUCCACGAGUCAAGUCAGCCACCUGCCAGCCAGCCAGCCUUCAACGCUCACCCACCCCGCCACGACCACGACCAUGUCCUCCUCCUCCUCCUCGUCCAUGGGCGCGCUCGCCGCGGCCACCGCCAUGGCGCUCUCCGGUUCCCUCGUCCUCUUCUCCCUCCGCCGCUUCGCCAAGCCCAGCCUCGACGACGACGCCCCUGCUUCGGACGACCCCGCGUCCCUUCGUCCAUGCCUCUCCUCCUCCUCCUCCUCCCCAGAGAAGCGGCAGCGCGGCGGGAAGCUGCGGCGGAAGGGGGAGAAGCGGGUGCGCUUCGCGGAGGGCGUCAUCGACAAUGAGGGCGCGCCCCCCGCGGCCAGGUCCUCCUCCUCGCCCCCGCCGGCGCCGGCAGCGGCCGAGCCGACGUGCAGGGGAAGCGUGACGGGAUCGGACCACCGGAUGCCGGCGAACCGGGAGGCGCUGUACCGCGGCAUGCUCCGCGAUCGCUCCGUGCACAGGACCGCCUACUCCUACUGACCGGCCACCGACCGGUCGACCCGACGCCCGCCCGCCGCCGUGCCCGAUUAGUUACCAGAGCUAGAUUAGCCUAGCCCGUCCAUCCCCCGUCCCCUGCUUUUGCCUGGUCCUGUUGCUUCUUUCUUGGGUUUCUUGCUGUGCCGUUGGUGUCUGGUUGCUUUGGCAUUGGCAGGCACGCUGUUGACUCCUGGUGUGCAAACGGAUUAUUAGCCAAUUAGGAGUAGCAGUAGAUGAUUCACGCUUUGGUGUCGAUCUACCUUUGCAUUUCCUGUGUACAUAAAACCACCUGUCAUUUUCUUUUGUCGUAAGAUGAGAAAAAGGAUGAUGGAAGCCUGGGUUCAGUUUGCUUCGUA